GGCCCGCAGCUGGAACGCGAGCGCGCGCCCCGCCGGGGCCUGUCGCUGCGGCGCGUGCGCGAGCGGUGCCGCACCGGCCGCGGGAGCAGGAGUAUUAUGGGCUGUGGGUGCCGCUGAGCAAGAUGGAGCUGUCUGCAGUGGGCGAGCGGGUCUUCGCGGCCGAAUCCAUCAUCAAACGGCGGAUCCGAAAGGGCCGCAUCGAGUACCUGGUGAAAUGGAAGGGGUGGGCGAUCAAGUACAGCACUUGGGAGCCCGAGGAGAACAUCCUGGACUCGCGGCUCAUCGCAGCCUUCGAGCAGAAGGAGAGGGAGCGUGAGCUGUAUGGGCCCAAGAAGAGGGGACCCAAACCCAAAACUUUCCUCCUGAAGGCACGGGCCCAGGCCGAGGCCCUGCGCAUCAGCGACGUGCACUUCUCCGUCAAGCCGAGCGCCAGCGCCUCCUCGCCCAAGCUGCACUCCAGCGCAGCCGUGCACCGGCUCAAGAAGGACAUCCGCCGCUGCCACCGCAUGUCCCGCCGCCCCCUGCCCCGCCCAGACCCCCAGGGGGGCAGCCCCGGCCUGCGCCCACCCAUCUCGCCCUUCUCGGAGACGGUGCGCAUCAUCAACCGCAAGGUGAAACCUCGGGAGCCCAAGCGCAGCCGCAUCAUCCUGAACCUGAAGGUGAUUGACAAGGGCGCGGGAGGAGCGGGCGCCCCACAGGGGGCCGGGGCGCUGGCCCGCCCCAAAGUGCCCUCGAGGAACCGCGUCAUCGGCAAGAGCAAGAAGUUCAGCGAGAGCAUCCUGCGCACCCAGAUCCGCCACAUGAAGUUCGGCACCUUCGCGCUGUACAAGCCCCCGCCCGCCCCUCUGUCCCCCCCACCUGCCAGCAAGGCCGACGUCACUGCCUCCCCGGGCCCCGGGCUGCUCCUGGCCACCCCCGCUGCCCCCUAUGACGCCCGCAGCUCCAGCUCCUCUGGCUGCCCCUCACCGGUACCGCAGUCCUCCUCUGAGCCCGAUGAUGCGCCCCCCAAGCUGCUCCCCGAGACCACGAGCCCAUCUGUCCCCAGCUGGCGUGAGCCUGAGGUGCUCGACCUGUCCAUCCCUCCUGAGUCGGCAGCCACCAGCAAGCGUGUGCCCCCUGAUGUCACUGCUGCCACUGGCCAGCCACUGCCCCCGGCCCCCGAGCCCGCCAGUGCCUCCUCUGAGCCAGAGGCUGGGGACUGGCGCCCGGAGAUGUCUCCCUGCUCCAAUGUGGUUGUCACUGAUGUCACCAGCAACCUCCUGACCGUCACUAUCAAGGAGUUCUGCAACCCAGAGGAUUUCGAGAAGGUGGCUGCAGGGGUAGCAGGUGCUGCAGGUGGGGGUAGCAGCGGUGGGGCAAGCAAAUGAGGGGCUCCACUGAGGUGGGGGCUUGGGGGGGCCUCCUGCCCAGCGUCGUACUCUUGCUCCCCCCACCCUUGCCCCCAGCCUUCCCCUGUGCUUUGCUUUUUCCAUGGUUUGGUGCUGGCCCAGGGAUGGGGCUGGGCAGUUAGAGCCCUAGAAGGCUGCAGGGUGGGGGCAGCCCUGGGAUGGGUUGGGCCUGGGGCAGGCAGGACACCAAGAAGUGCUCCCUCUUGUCCCUUGGCACCCUCCCUGCCCACGCAUGGUGGGGCCCACUGGGUGGUUUUGGGGAAGCCCCAGAGCCCAGGGUUCACCUGCCCCUUCCACACCCUGCCCAUCUCUCCCCAGCUUGCUUCCUGCUCUCGUGCGCAGCAUCUGGUUUCUCGGUGCUAACCUGGCAGCUGCAAGGGGCCUCAGGAGACCCCUGCCCGGGAUGGGCAUGGUCCCUUUCCUUCCUGCAGAUGCCUGGGCAGGAGGGGGCAAGAUGGCUCCCUGGCAAGGCCCCAGACAGGUUGAGGCUGAGAGCAGACCCAGCCCUUCCCUCCCGGGCAGCGAGGGCCUCAGAGGCUCCGUCUUCCCUGCUUGCUGUUGGGCCCUCAGCCCCACUCCCACUCUUCACUUUCCUAACCCCCAUCUCAGUGGUGGGAGGACCUGGCAGAGAACCUGCCCUGCCACAGCCUUCCGGCAUCGAAAGGCUCCUUCAGCGCUUGACCAAAGGUGCUGUGAGAACCUGCUGUGGAACCUGCGGUGUGCGCGUGCAUCUGCCCUGCUUGCGUGUGUGCGUGGUUGUGUGUGCAUUGGGUGCUAGGUCCCAGGCCAUCCGGGCACCCUAUACAGUUCCUCAGAACAGGGUCAUUGAAGGCCUGGACCUUCCCUUGCCUCGGUGGGCCCGGGAGUCGCGCUCGGGCCUGGGGAGUGUGCUGUGGAAGCCACCAGGCCUCCCCUGCUGGCCCAGGUGUGCUGGGGGCCCCACACCCCCUGCCCUCCUCGUGGGGUGGUCAGCCCGACCUCAGGCCUUCACUGGGGAGGUGGUGUGGAGCCUGGAGCAAAGAGCAGACCCCACUCUGAGCCUCCCCUUCCUGCUGGGUGUCCGGGAGGACGGGGAGGCCUGGACCAUGUUCCCAGGGGUCUCCUGACUUUCCUCAGCCCCUCUCUUGCUCCUGGCCGCUGAGGCUUUCUCACAGCCCAGCCUGCUCGGAGCAGCGGGAGUCUCGGGUGCCGGGGCAGCUUGUUUCCCUCUGCUGCCAGGGAGCCGAGGUGUCCAUGCCAGUGGCAAAGACCACAGCCCGGCUUUGAGCUGGGCAUCGAGAGGGGACACAGGCCAAAGGGGAGAGACAGUCGGGCCUGUGCUCUUCAGGAGCGUGAGGGUGUUGGUCCCAGGAGCAGCACUAGGGGCUCCUCCAGCCAGCCCUGGAGCCCUGCCCUGGUCUCGGCUGGGCAAGGGUGGCGUGUUCCUGCGCGUGGCUGGAGCUGGCUUCCUGGCAUGUGCAGCUGUGGGCACCUGCGCUCAGAAGCGCCAGGGCAGAGGCAGAAGCGAGGCGGGAAGGGAAUCCACCCAGAGCACGCGUCCUUGGUCCCAAGAAUGGGAGGACACCUUCUUGACCUCCCUGCCAGGGGCUGUAACGUGGCCCCCUGCCACCCCCUCCCCGCCCGGAUGUAGAACACUCCUGGAUUCCUCCAGCCCACCCCCGCCCUUCGUGUUGGCUUCGUGGCCGUCCAAGUGCCAAUUGGCUUCUCCCCCAAAUAAGGGCUGGUAUUUCUCCUCUGUCCCGAGAGGUGAUUUCCCCCUAUGCCCCUCCCCCAGGUGAGUGACCACCUGGGUGCCAGUUACAGGUGUUUUCAGAGACCAUAGAAAUGUGUUUUCCUGAGAGUCCGUGUCAUUCGUGACUUUUUUUGUAAAGAAGUUGUGUUUUCAGAGGUGAUUUUAUGACAGGAAAGUGAAAGAAUUAGUUUUGCAAAAAAACAAAAACAAAAAAAGAGGAAAAAAAAGAAAAAAGAUAGAAAAAAAUAUUGUGGGAUUCCUAGGGGAACGGGGAGGGGGGAAGAAAGAGAUAUUUAAAGAAAAAUUUAGAAACGCAGUGAUUGCACAGGUGAGGUGGCAAUGUUAGGAAUAGGGCGGAGGCCUGGGCCCAGCUGGCGGGUCCCCUGGGGUCACAGGCUCCGUGGAGAAGGCCCACCCUCCUGCUGGCCUGGGCCUAGACUGCCACACCCAUCCUCGCUCAAAGGGAAGGACGACAGUCCAAGGGAGCCAGCCAGCAGCUGCAGGGGCCAGGCUCGGGGUGAGGGAGCCGAGCUGGGAGGGGGUUGCGGGGUCCUGGCUGCCAGGGCUCAGCGCUGGUGAUUUGACCCUUAAGGUUGGCGAGGAGGUAGCUUGGUUUCUUGUCCCUCCGUUGCCAGCUUGUUGGGCCAUCUGGUCCCUACCACCACCAUGGGGGGUGCAUCUCUCCUCCCAUCACCCCAUAGACCAUGACGUCCUGGCCUGAUGAGGGAAGAAAGACUUCAGGAAGACAGGAGCUGUGGCUCUGGGAGAAUCCCUGGCUGAGACUGACCCCGUGUAGCUGUGGGGGAAGGGAGUGCCCACCCCUUUGCACACCUCGAGCAGGUUGCUGCCCUGAGCUCCAAGCCAGGCAGCCCUGCCCUGCCCCUGCCUCGAGGCCGGGGCUCCCCUGGGGGGCCUGAGUGGAUGGGACCAAGGGUGAGCACAGCCCUCCUUACCUCCCUCCCUGGGGCCCCUGCCCCCACACACACUUGCACCCGUGGCCUCCUGUGGGCCCCUCCUCCAGCCCUUGCUGCUUUCCAUUUGCCUAAUUACCAAGCAGAAGUUGCAGUCUGGUUUGCUUUAUUUUUGUAUGUGAGGUAACCCCCAAAGCCCGAUCUCCAAUGUUCAGUAUUGGGUGGGGCAUCAUUCAUCUCCCCUAAGUGCACCCCCUCCCCACCCACGUGUCAUAGGAAAUGGGUGAGGUCUGAUGUCUCUGGUUUGAGAUGGAAAGUUGGGACUCAUUCCUGUCUGUCGCCCUUCUGAUCCUCACUUUGCCCAUCUGUGAAAUGAGUGUGUUGGGCGGCAAGGCCUCUUCGUAAGUGCUGCUGAUGUCCAGGCAGCUGCCAAGUGCCGGGUGUGGUGGAAGUUGCUGGCACUGGGGCCUCCAGCCACCCACAGCCCCUCUUUAUUCUCGUCCUGCAGAGGGAUCAAGGUCAAAAUGAGCCUCAUCCUUCCUCUGGUCUGGGAAGAGGUGAUGAUCAAGUCCCCAACCUCAGUGUGAGGCAGGCGGAGUGGGGGAUUGCCCCUUUUCAAAGAGGAGGAAACAGGUUCUAAGAGGCACAACUGCUUCACUGGGGGGAUGUGCAGGGACGGGGGCGCAAGAUGCCUUGGCCUUUAGAAGGUGGGGCCCAAGCCCUGCAGCCAGCACAAAACUGGCAGCUGAGCCAGGCCAGUGGGCCUGCCCAAGGCUGGAGGGUGGCCCAGAGGAGGGAGCUGGGUUAGCUGGGGGCUUGGCCACAGCCAGCCCAUCUGAAGACCCAAGAUGACGCACCCCCUUUUCCCUCACGUUUUCUGUUUCGUUUGUUGGGAUUUUGUGUGUGGUUUUGUUGUUUUGUUUUAGUUUGGUUUUUGUUUUUGUUUUUGUUUUUUUUUUUUGCACUUCGCCCGCGCUGGACGGUGGAGCCUCACCUGCCAGCUCUGCUUCUGGGCUCCCAUGCACUUGCCCAAGGCAGCCUGUUUGGGGCUUGCAUGGUUUGAGAAAUCACUUCUUAAAAGAAAAAAGGAAGGUGUUAAAGGGUUUCAUUUUUUCCUUAUCUGCCUUUCGGAUUGAGAAAGCCCAGAAUUAGGGGCUCCAACUCCAGGAGAGGGGCUCCUCGACCCCUGUUUUGCGGACAGUCACCAAGGCGCAGAAAUAGGGGGAUGGUUGGGUGGGGACCAAUGACGGCCCUGGGCCUGUGGGGUCCCACCACCCCCUGCAAGCCUUGAGGGAGUCACACUCCACUGCAACGUGAGCGCUGCCUGCCGCGCGCGUGGGGUGUGACCCGCCAAGGGGGACCCAUGGUCUGAUGGGGACGCGCUUGCAAGAGCAGCAGGAGUUCUGGCCACCCUUGCUGCUGGGCAGAGUGGAGAGGGAGACUUCUUUUUGUUGGUUUUAAUUUAAAAACACAAAGGCCUAAAGAAAUAUGUAUCUUAUAAUUUUUUUAAUUUUUGAAAAGUUCAUUUAAUGAAUUGUGCACGAAUGAAUUCUAUAUAUAUAAAAUAUACAUAUAUAGCUCUAUAUUUGGGGAGGGGCACUGUCUCUUUUUUCUCUCAUUUUUAAAAUGAAGUGUUGUUGCCUUUGUCUGUGGUUCAACCAUCCAGCUCCCAGCUGGCUAAACUUUGCCUCCAGUGGUUAAAGAUGGGAAAAUAGUGGGGUUGGCAGGAGACUGGAAAUGGAGGUGCCACCCCAGUGUGGGGGGCAGGUCCCCCAGUCCACCUGCCCCACCCGUGGUGGAGAAGACACCUAAUUUGGGGUGUGGGUGUGGGCUCUGCUCUGGGUUCGUGGCUCCUGGGCCGGGGGAGGGUGGGUCUGUGCCGAUUACUCUGUCUUGUACGUUCGUUCUGCUGCUCUUCAAUAUUGUAUCAACGCCAGGAACGGGGAGUGAAAAGCCUCUUUUACUCCCCGAAUAAAUUGUCACAUUCCGAAGCU